AUGAACUAUGAGAGUUUAGGAGAACUUCCGAUAAUACAUAGCUUAUUUGGUGGCCUUGAAUCUCCGCAGCAAAUGCAUCGCUGUUUUAGAGUAUAUUUAACUAGUUUGGAUGAAACUUACAAUUGUAAUUUCGAAGUAUUAGAACAAGAAAAGAUAUGCGGUGACAUAAGGAAAACUCCUCAUGGACCAUGGAUGAAAGAAUUUCGGAAAGGAGGAAUAAAUUUAACUGCUUUGGAUUAUCGUUCCUCUUGCGCAGUCGAUUCUGAGAUUCAGCUACUGAUAGGAGCAGACGUUGCUGGGAAGCUGUUAAACGGUAAAACUCAGAAUUUAGGGCCUAUUGCAGUUGGCACUCACCUGGGCUGGACAAUCACGGGGAAAAUUCCACACCCUUUUCCUGUUUCGGAAUCCUGUUUGUUAAUCAUAUCCUUACUCACUAGUGACAUCAGCCUACCAGACAUGCGGAGUUUAGAAAGAAUAGGAAUUGCAGAUCCAGUCGAAAGUCAAACGAAAAUUGAGCUAUACCAGGCUGCUUAUGAACAUUUUCAAAGCAAUCUAAAAUUUAACAAUGAAGGUAGGUAUGAAGUGAAGUUACCUUGGCUUCAGCUACACCCUGCACUUUCUGAAGGGAGAGAAUUAGCAGAAAGAAGAUUGCGAACAACAAUCAACAGAUUGAAAGCAGCUCACAUCCUAGAAGCUUAUCUAGACGUCUUGCUGGCUGGAUUGAAGGAAGGAAUUAUUGAGGAAGUGAAUAUGGAUAAUGAGGUUCUGCCUGGACAUUUCCUUCCCCACAGAGCUGUAAUUAAAAAUUCAUCAACGACAAAAAUAAGACCCGUUUUCGAUGCUUCAGCACGAACGAAGAAUUCAACCACUUUGAAUGAUUGCCUUUGCAAAGGGCCUGAUUUUCUAGAACUUAUUCCCACUGUUUUAACUCGUUUCCGCAUGAAAAAAUUUGCGGCAACCGGGUAUAUUAAACAGGCCUUUAUACAGAUCAGUGUGUCUAAAGAAGAUAGGAACUAUUUAAGAUUUCUCUGGAUUAUAGACGGUGAUUUGAAUAAACUGAAAAUUUACAGACACUGCAGGGUUGUUUUUGGACUCACCUGUAGUCCAUUUUUGUUAAGCGCUAUUCUUAAACACCACUUAGCGAAGGCUCCACCUCAAUUGAAGGACACUGCUUUGUUAUUACAGGACACCUUUUAUGUUGAUAAUUGUCUCUCCAGAGGGCCGGGAUAG